AUGGCCUUGACCGCCGUGGUUGGACUUUACGCGUGGUAUCAGGACAUGACACUUGUACCUCCAAACGUGCAGAUGAACAUCACCUACAUUUGCCUUUGGGGAGCUGCCAGCCUAUUCCAAGGGGUCAUGACCUGCAUCUCAAGCUUGCUCCCGGCCAUCACCGGGGUAUUGUCGCUCCCUGGCGUGCAGUUUCAGGGGUUUGAUGUUUGGAGCCUGGUGCUGCUGAUAAGCGUUCCCGUGGUGUACUUUCUGGCUGCAGCCUUCGCCUGGCAUCUCUACAACGACUACGCGGAAGACCACGGGAAGAAGGCCUACGCCUUCGACCCUUUCGGGAAGUAUGCUGCCAAGUACGACCCGCUCGAGAAAGACAAGGCCGCAGAACGGCUCUUCACCUCGGAGGGAGGUCCCAUCUUCCAAGGUGGUGAUUACGGCGCAGCUGUGUCACAAGUGUCGGACUGUCUCAUGAGCAUCCAGUAUUUGAAGGAGAAGUUCAUUGGCAAAGCCAGUGACCAUGUGGCGCUGUUAACUGCAUGGGGCCCAAAGGCGAUAGGCGACAGUGAGGGCGAAUUUGGCGAAGUCGCCGCCCUCAUGCGGCUCUCUCUCAAGGCGCCGGCGCAGAGCCUGCUGGGGAAGUUCCUGGCAACCUUCAGGCGCACAAGACCGACUUCCAGUUCGAAAUCAGCCGCGACGGUGAAGGCGAUCAUGAGCGCAGCUGCUCAUGGCUCUGUCCCUCUUGCAUCCCUACCAAGUUACCAAGUGGUGUAUUCAGUUAACUUCUUCGCAGCUCUGCGGCGCACCGGUCUGCUGGAGGUUACAGUUCACAGGCCUUUGUGCUCCAGUAGUGUUGAAGUAGAGAGAGGAACAGUGGUGGAAGUGCUCAGAAUGCUCCUUGCCACACCAGGUUCCUCGGCCAUGUUCAAGAGCCUCGUUAAGAAGGCCUUGGAUGGUGGAGCGGCCAUGGACUUUGGAGCUGUUCUGCUUCUUGAGACUUUGGUGUUCCACCAGGUCAGUGGCCUGAACAAGGUCCGACUGGAUGGUGUUUCAGUGCGACGAGCUCAGAAAUUCCCCCGAAGGAAUCUUCUGCCCAAGCUGAACAAGACACGGAGAAUGAAGAACAGCGAGCUUUUGCGGAGUUGCAUGAAGCUGCACCGAACUCUUGAAGCCAAGGCGUCCUUGGUGGAGCUGGGCUCUCGGUUUGACACAUCCGUGGGCGACACUGCGGAGAUGGUGAAGACUGCCUUAGACGAGGCACAGAAAACCUUCAGCAUAGGGAGAGAUCCUGCUGACACCAGGCUUCAGAUCCUUUUGAGAGACGGGAAGACUGAGAAGCUGGAAGUGAAGACCGAGGAGCCGGCCGACGGAUUUCGGGAGUGGUGGGAGAAAACCAUUCUUGCUACCCCCAGGGAUGGCUCCCUUCAGCUUCGCACCAAUCAGUCCCUAGGGCACUGCAUCUAUGCGCCAAGCAUCAGCCGCGCUGUUGAGAUUGGGACGCAGGAGGACGCAUCGAAUGUUUAUUGCGUCGGGGUGUCUGAGGAAACCUCCGCCCCGUCUGCACGCGCCGGCACAACGGGCGCCAAGCUACCUGAAAGCGCUUUCGGUGGCAUGAAGAGUUACACCUAUGCAGUCGCUGGUGAUCACGAUGGCGUUGGCACUGUUCAGACCCUUUUUGACAACACCAAGCGGCGAGGACCAAACUACCGAGAUCAGGGAUUGGCACUGUACCAACUCUACGCGGUCUACAUGGGAUGCCGCCAAUCGGAAUCCAAGACCUUUCCCUCCCAUGAGCACGAGCAGAGUUCGAGCAUUUUUCUGUGUAAUGCUUACUGCUGUGAGCUGUGCAAGACUGACAUGCCUAGUUCUAUCAAGUGGCACAAUGCAAACGACGGAGCGGCUGCUUGCGAGAUCUUUGCGGCCUUCCAGCCAGAGCUCACAGCGCCCUAUGGAGGGCAGAGCUUGGUGACCUGGCUAGUACAGGGGGAUUAUGUUCCAUCUUGGGUCCCAGCAGGCUUCAAGAUGGCUGAUCUAUGUGAGGAUCCCGAUCAUAGCAAGCCCCGAUUGUUCAUGGCAACUUCAAUAGUUGGUAAAAGGUUGUUGAUUCAUUACGUUGACUUCGGCAUUUCAGACAUCUACCGCUUGCUCAAGAUGUUGAGCAAGCAUAUGCAGAUGCGCCAGCUAGUGACGCUCCAAGCGCUGAAGCCCUCCCGGAAGCAGCUCUUGAUCCCACGUGGCGUUGGCCUUCCAGAGGACAUCGUCAAGAUGGCGGCCUUGUGCGCAAUGUCACCUCUGCGUGGGCCUUAUGUGGACUUGCAUUUGCUCUCUGCGGCUCAGGCAGGGAAUCUCCGCGUAACCGACCCACUAAAGUCUUUCUUGAAGGUCGUGGAGAGGCAUUUGAGCUGGAGGGUGCAUUACCACGAGGACGUUGAAACGUUCGUGCGUGCGCUUCACGCCUCUGAGUACCCGCCAUAUUUCCAGUGCAUCAAGGACAAGCAUCUGCUGCCACUAGAGGUCCUCAAGGCCGUCGCAGAGCAAGGCGGCUACUUGUACGAGGGCUUGCCAAAUGACCCCUUCUCUCUGUUCCGAUGCUUGACAGCCACGCAGGCUUGGACUGUGUCAUGCACAGAGGCACAAGUAGCUGAGGCGCGCUUUGUUUGUUUGUUUGUUUAG